CUAGAGCAGUCCAAACACGCAAAAAAUGCUUGUAAAGUUAGAGUUUUUAAGAGAUUAAAGAUUAGAUUAAAUAGCACUGUCGUUUUUAAAGAGCAAUCUACUGGUUAUUGAUCGAGAGUUUAUCAGAUGACACUAUAAUCAUUGUAACCACGUGUAUAAUGGGAUGCUGUUUUUUGUGUGUCCAUUAAAAUCUUAAAACUACACCAAAUGCAGUAAAUCUUUUUGGAGAAAACAACUUGAAGAGAAAUAUUGUCGAGAUUAUAACACAACAAUGAAUAAACCAGCGACCUAAAAUGACACAGCCUGUUACAGGCGGACGAAGGACUUCAUCGCCAAUUCUACCUGACCGGAGACACCUGUUGCUCCGGUUCCGACGGGCAGGUGCCACUUCUCCUCGCCCCGUACCGAGGAACAGCUCAAACGGAACUCGGAAUAAUUUCACUUUCACACCCCCCCCCUAAACCGAAAAGGACCUUCCACCAACGCUUGACCUGACAGCUGCCAUGAAAGUGACGGUGACGUUCGGGGACACGGCGGUGGUGGUUCCCUGUAAAGCUGCGUGGACCGUCCGGGAUUUGACCGACCAAGCCACGCGGAGAUACCGCAGGAUUUUGGAGCAGCAUGAGGAGAGUGAGGUGAGGACCCACCACUUGACGUACAUCGAAGGCGGGAUCAUGGACAUGGACGACCUGCUGAUCGACCUCGUAGAAGACCGGGACAAGCUCGUGGCGGUGUUCGAGGUGCGGCGCGGGAAGGCCGAGAGCCCCGGGGAGACGGUGUCCAACGGCCACUCCGGCGCGGCGCCGAGCCCCGAGCCGCUCCACUACUUCUCCCAACUGCAGCAGCAGCAGCCGACCGGGGGCGAGAUCGAAGUCAACGAGGCCGUCCUCAAAGCGAACACGCCUCUGUUGGUGAGGAGCAGCAGUGACCCGUCCCUGGCCCCAACCCACGAGACCAGAGCCACGCCUCCGCUUGAGAACCGCGCUGACGGCUCUCCUGGUCCGGAAAUCGACCAUGUGCUGAAAGGAGAUGUGGACCGACUGGACGCAAACGACCCCCCCGCCAAGAUGAGCAAAGUCAACUUUAACACAGCACUGACGAGAGCAGUGGAGUUUCCAUGUGACUGGGGACCUCUGGGCAUCCAUGUGAUUCCGUACUGCUCCUCUCUCAGCGGACGGAGCCUGGGCCUGCACAUCAAAGGCAUCGAGAAGAACAGCCGCUCGGCGAAAGAGAACAUCUUCCAGCAGGACGAGUGCAUCGUCCGGAUCAACGACACGCCCCUCCAGGACAUGACCUUCGCCGAGUCACAGGAGGUGUUCCGCCAGGCAAUGUCGUCACCGUCCUCGUCCGUGCGGCUGGAGGUGCUCCACCCGGGCAGCAGGCCGCGCUACGAGAAGAGCCUGAUAGGUCAGCUCUUCGCCGCCGACGGCAAGGAACCCGCGCUGGCGAAGGCCAGGAGCCCGGUGGUGCCCCGCGCCAAGACCGAAGCGGAGCCCAAGCAGGAGGCCAACGCACGGCCGGAGGUGUGGCGACCCGAGGCGCGCGCUGCAACGCCGGAGGCGCCCGCGCCGCAACCGGUAGAGCUCCGGCCCAGGCGUGGCUCCACGGAGAGACUCUCGCCCACGCCUCUCGCCUCCUCCCAGACUCCCCAGGCACCGAGCCAGACCCCCUCGGCCGGCAAGACCCUCGUCCCCGGCCCGACCAACCUCACCAACAGAAAGGGCAGCAAGAGGAUGAAGAUUGAGCUGAAGAAAGGCGGCGAGGGUCUGGGCUUCACCGUGGUGACCCGGGACUCCUCGCUCCACGGGCCGGGGCCGAUCCUCGUGAAGAACAUCCUGCCGCGCGGCGCAGCGGUCAAAGACGGCCGCCUGCAGCCGGGAGACCGCAUCCUGGAGGUGAACGGAGUGGACAUGGCGGGCCGCAACCAGGAGGAGCUGGUGUCCAUGCUGCGCAGCACCCGGCUGGGACAGAGUGUGUGCGUGGUGGUGGCACGGCAGGAGGACGUCUUCCUGCCGCGGGAACUGAAAGGGGAGGAGGACGGCAGUCUGAUGAUGGAGGACGGCAGGGAGCAGCUGAUGUACGAGGUGCCGCUCAACGAAUCGGGCUCGGCCGGCCUUGGGGUCAGCCUGAAGGGCAACAAGUCCAGAGAGACCGGGGAGGACCUGGGCAUCUUCGUCAAGUCCAUCAUCCACGGAGGGGCGGCCUACAAGGACGGGCGGCUGAGCGUCAACGAUCAGCUGAUCGCGGUGAAUGGCGAGUCGCUCCUGGGGCGCUCCAACCACGCCGCCAUGGAGACGCUGCGCCGCUCCAUGUCGUACGAGGGAAACGCCCGGGGGACCAUCCAGCUGGUCGUGCUGCGGCUAUCCCGACAGCAGAUGGGCGACGGCAGCCCCGCCGCGAACACGAUGGCGCCAAAGUGGCCCGCCACGCAUCAACCGGACAACCACGAGGCCCCCAGCAAUCAGGAGGCGCGGGGCCACAACACGUACCGGGGGCCCCCCGGGGCCUCCAGGACCCCGAACGCGGAGGCCGGCGGGAGCGGCCCGAAGGCGCGCGGCGACCCCAGAGCCGCGCCGUAUCCCGCCGCGACCACCAAUGGCAGCCGCGGCCACUACGUCAACGCUGAUGAGUUUGAGGAUGGCUUCCCCCCGCCGUCCUCCUCUGGCUCUGUGGAGGGAAUAAACAGAUCGUCAUCGCGAACCCUCCCACGCCACAGCGAGUUCCAGACUCAGCACCGUGAGGCGGCGGCUUUCUACGCCAACGACGCCCCUCGGAACAGAACGUCCAAGAGCAUGGACCUGGUGGCUGAUGAGAGCAACAUGGGAUCACUGGACAGCCAGAGGAACGAGGCCUCUGGCCGAGGAGCCAUGGGCCCGACCCUGGGCUUGUGGAAGUCCAGCUCCCUCGAGAGCCUCCAGACGGCGGUGUCGGCGGAGCAGAGCCGCAGCAAGGCCCAGGUGCCCUUUCACCGGCCGCGGCCGCAGGUGGUGCGGGGGCGCGGCUGCAACCAGAGCUUCCGCAUCGCCAUCGACAAGUCCUACGACGGGCCCUCCGAGGACGACGACGACCUGACGGACCGAAGCUCCGGCUGCGAAACGGCCGCCAGCGGCUCCUCUCGCCAGGAUCUGGACAUGGACGACGGGAAGCAGCAGCAGAAAAAGAAGACCAAAGGGAAGAAGAAGGAGAAGAAGAGCAAAGGGAGGAAGAAGGUGGACGACCCUGUGGACGAGGCGGAGAAGAAGACCAAAAAGAAAGGAUUCGGCCUUUUAAGAUUUGGGAAGAAGAAAGACGACAAGAGCAAAGACGCCGCCAAAGCCUCCAGAAGCAAACUGGAUGCCCUCAACGAAGAAGAGCUGGACAGGGGCAGCUACGACCCACGCCGCGCGGAGAUCCACUCCGGGCGCGGCACGCCGGACUCCUUCCCCGAUGUGGAGGACGACGACAGCGACCCCAACUACGCCCGCAUCACCAACUUCCGCCAGCAGCCCUCGCCACAGUCAUUGAUCAGCCGCACGCCGUCCCCGGCGCCGCCGUCCCUCAGUGGGCCCGACCUGAGGGCCUCCUCCUCCGAUGAGCGGGAUGGGCUCUACGCCAAGGUUAAUAAGUCCAGACCACCGGCGGCGCUACAGGACCUGCAUCUAACGCAGGCGGACAGUGACCCACGUCUCCAGGGGAUGCGCAGGGAGUAUCAGCAGGCACGAGCCGCUCCGGGCUACGACGAGCUGGACGCCCAACGCCGCCGAGUGCUGGAGCACGACCCGCAACGGAUGGCACCCAGAGGUGCUGACUCUCGACCCCGCUACAACGAGGUGGAGCGGCAGUACCCCACACAGCCCAGAAGGGAUCCAUACGAUUACCCCACCCACUCCAGACCCACUGCAAGAGAGCCACCCUACCCGGGCCUCCACCACGACCCUCCGGCCUCCAACCAGCGCUACCACCCUCCGUCUUCCGGCGCGGGACAGCAGCACCGUGGGCCGGUGAGGCAGGACGUCCCUCCGUCUCCCGACCCGGACCGGGGAGGGCGCCACUACUACGAAGCCGCCGGCGGGCGGGUCGACGCCCACCGGCAGGCCAGCCAGGGCCGCUACAUCAGCCCGGAGCGCUACGACCGCGGGGACGAGCGGCAGCCCGACCCGAGGCGGAAGAACCCCUUGAUAGGUGCGGUGUAGAGCCACACAAACCCAUGUGAUUCCAGGUUUGUGGAACAUGAUAUCAGCGGGGGGGGGGGGAGCGCUAGAAGUGACAAGCUGGGAGGCUAAUAUAAGGCUUAUUUUCAGAACUAUCUGGUCAUAAGUCUCAACGGGCCAAGACGGAUUUAACAACGCGUUGUAUACGGUGCACGGGUUUGCGACCGCUCAUGUAUAUAUGGAAGCGUGCCGAUGUUUAUAUUGACGUUAUUUUAAAAGAUUUUAUGAUGUAGAUUUACAAUUAUGGGUAAUUAAAUUAAUGACACAGCUA